UCGAUUGUAAAUUAUUUACUUCUCACUCUAUUUCGUAUUUUUAUUGUUCAACAUACAUAUUUUUUUAGUAUUUAAUGCAAUAAUUUUUAGUAAAAUGCCCAUUAAAUGCAAGACAAAUUGUGGUAGAAAUGCAGCACUUAAGCGCCCCAAAACAGCUGAUGCACUUUGUAAGGACUGCUUCUUUGCUGCAUUUGAAGCAGAAAUUCACUACACAAUUAUUACAAAUGAACUCUUUAAACGUGGAGAAAAAGUUGCAGUGGCCGCAAGUGGAGGAAAAGACUCGACAGUCUUGGCUUAUGUGCUGAAGUUGCUCAAUGAGCGAUAUGAUUACGGUCUACAACUAAUACUGCUAUCCAUUGACGAAGGCAUAACUGGCUAUCGAGAUGACAGCUUGGAGACAGUCAAACAAAAUCGUGAUGACUACGAAAUGCCUCUCAAGAUACUCUCAUACGAUGAGCUAUAUGGUUGGACUAUGGAUCGCAUUGUAGCCCAAAUCGGGCGUAAGAAUAAUUGCACUUUCUGUGGUGUUUUUAGACGACAAGCAUUGGAUCGUGGUGCAAAACUACUUGGAGUGGAUAGUAUAGCUACUGGGCAUAAUGCGGAUGAUAUUGCAGAGACCGUUUUGAUGAAUAUUCUACGAGGAGAUACUGCACGUUUAGGACGAUGUACGGACAUACGUACUGGAGGUGGUGAAGACUCAAUACCUCGUGUAAAACCGCUUAAGUACGCAUAUGAAAAAGAAAUCGUAAUGUACGCCCACUUUAAAAAUUUAGUUUAUUUUUCAACGGAGUGCGUUUUCGCACCAAACGCAUAUCGAGGGCAUGCACGUGCAUAUUUGAAAGACUUGGAGAGAGUGCGGCCAUCAGUUAUAAUGGAUAUUAUAUAUUCUGGUGAGCAACUCAGAUUUAAAAGCACUGUGAAAAAACCGACUCGGGGAACCUGUGAACGUUGUGGAUUUGUGUCAUCUCAACAACCCUGCAAGGCUUGCAUUUUGUUAGAAGGCUUAAAUCGAGGUUUACCUAAGCUUGGUAUUGGUAAAAAAUCGAAGGGAGAUCGCAUGAGGUCUAAGCAAGAUAGCGAAAUCGCCUUGAGAGAACGUGCAAAUUUGGUGAAAAACGAUUUUUAGUGACAAAUAAAAGUUUUAAAUUUAUA